GAAAUAUAACACACGUCCUGUGUAUGUCGAGAUAUAAUGCUAGAUCAAUAGCUAGUUUAAUACGUACAUGGCUGAUGUGGCGUUUUUAAAAGUUAAAUAGCCCCCUCAUAGCUUUCAAUCAAAAGGUUAUUCUACAAUAGCAAUACGUUAACCCCUAAAUACUAUUAAACCCAUCUAAAGCAGUUAGAAGCUGGAUUGCAGCACCUCCACACCGGAGUGAGCCGACCGGGUGUGACGGACGCCCACGGACCGAGCAGCGUGGUCGCGUUUCCCGGUCUGCCUCGCGGUUCCUCAACGUGGCACCGGACGGGCUGUUCUCUAACGACUUCUCUCUGGCCCCGAGGCGUGACUGCGUGGACCCUCGGCUUCUUUCAGGGUAAAAAAUAAUAAUAAUUAAAUAGAAAAUUGACAGCUCAGUAGUAGUUCUUCUUUCAAAUCCAAUAGUUCUACUGCUGCACCGUGCUGGACGGAUCUGCCGCACAGGAUAUAUGUUCGGUAAAGGUGCGAAGCGGAAGCUGGACGAGGAUGAAGAGGGGCUGGAAGGCAAAACGCUGGAGGCGCCGGUGGCGGCGGGGCUGCUGGGCGCCGUGCCGGAGGGCCUGUCCAAGGUGUCGUACACCCUGCAGCGGCAGACCAUCUUCAACAUCUCCCUGAUGAAGCUGUACAGCCAGCGGCCGCUCGGCGAGCCGCGCCUGGAGCGCCGCGUCCUCAUCAACAACAUGCUGCGCCGCAUCCAGGACGAGCUCAAGCAGGAGGGCUCGCUGCGGCCGCUGCUGCUGCCGCCCUCGCCGCCGCCCGACGACCCCAUGGACGAGGGUUUCCGCGAGGCCCCGCCCUCCUUCGGCGGCCUGUCCGCCGCGGCGCAGCCGUCCCAACCGUCGGCGCUGCUGAUGCCGGCGGUCGUCCCGCCGCCUUCCCCCCACCCUAUGGCGCCCCAGGCCUGCCCCGCCCCUCUGGAAUCCCGCCCCGCCCCUCUGGAAUCCUGCCUGACUCCCGCCUCUUUGCUGGAGGAGGACGGCGGGGAUUCGGCCUUUUGUAGUCCAUCCCCGCCCACUCCUCCUCUGUCGCCUGCCUCGGCGCUGCCCCCGCCGUUACCUUCGGCCCCCAAGGGCCCGGCGCCGGCCUCGUCCAGCGGCGACCCCCCCCCCGUUCUGAGUGACAUGGAGUUGGAUCCUCCCACAGCCAUAACAAGGACAGCAGCAGCUAAUACUAGGACCGUGACUACCUCCCCGGCUCUCACGCCACUCACCCAGCCCCCCCACCUGCAGCCCGCGGGCCCCCUGCGAGACAGCAGGACCACGGGUGCUAAACCAGAGGCAGCUGGCGUCUUGCUAGCGGAAGCCCGCUGCGGCGAGCUCCGGCCACUGGACGCUCCUCCCCCCGCUGGCUUAGGAGACAUUUCCCCCACCUCUCCCUCGCCCUCCUCCCCCUCGGGGUUUCUCUCAGACUUGGCGCUGGACGACGUCCUGUUCGCCGACAUCGACACGUCCAUGUAUGACUUUGACCCCUGCACGACAGCGGGGGCCGUGGGCGCGGCGGCGGGCGGGGGCCUCACCAAGCUGCCGCCCAUGGUGACGGCGGACGACCUCCUCAAGUCUCUGGCGUCGCCGUACAGCGGCCCCGCCCCCCAGGUCUCAGCCAAUCAGCCUUUCAAAAUCGAUCUGACGGAACUAGACCACAUCAUGGAGGUGCUGGUGGGAUCGUGACUGGCGGACACCAGAAACACACAAACUAUUUAACACCAGGCGGACUGGCGAUGAACUUUUGGGCGUCUUUCCUGGUCGUUUUCUUUAUUUCCUUUUUUUUUUUUACUCUCUUUGAAGGUCGAUAAUUGUAAACAUCGAUGGUGAUGUCAAUUAGUACUACUAUGACAACUACUACUACACAACACUGUGCACUGUGCUCGCCUUUCCAAAUAUGGAAAUGAAGUAACUGGGAAACAAAGACACACGCACAGGUUUCUAUUCCUAUACUUGUGAGGACCUUCUUUUGGCUCUAAUUGCCUCAUUCUGAUUUUAAACUGAGUUUUAAACUUUUACCUGAACCGAAGCCUUAACCCUGUAAAUAGAAACCUAUGAGGACCGGCAGAUUGUCCUAACUUUGGGGUAUUUUUGCAAUCAUUCUAUUGCUGUGAGGACAGUUACCCCUCACACGUAUAGUAAUACAACUGAACACACACAAAACACACUGAAUUCAUGGCUUUUUAGCAGAUGAGUGCCUUUCAAAAUGACCACUUCUUCAAUUCCUGUUUUUACGGUAUUUUCUUUUCACAUUUAUUUUCUCGCGUUUUUUUAUUUAUUGUAUUGCGUUCAAACUAUUAAGUAAGGUAAUUUCUGAUGAUCUUUAUCUAAUUAUAGAUGCUAUGUUUUUAUGUGUAAAGCGAGCAUCAAACAAGGUAUUUAACGAGAAACACGCCGUUUUGCUGCAUCACAUUUUAGCUUUGCUUUCUAACCGUGUUUAGGGAACGUCUCUAAAGCCCCAAACGACGCCACGAUGAGGACACGUUGUUCAGCCUGUACACCUCACGUCUAUGAACUCAGUACACUUUUUUGUUUGUUUUACAUGAGCCCAAACUGCGCACUAGUCGGCACGCGCCAGUAACCGUAGAAAUUCAAAUGAGCUCCGCCCACAGGAGAGCUCGUUGUGUUUACAUUGGGAGCGGCGAGUCGAGCCGCCGCCGCCACAACCACCAACAACUCUUCAGGCUCAAGUCAACUGUUGCACGUCACUUCUCAGACAAAACAAAAUUUUCUCUUUGGGUUUUGGCAUGAGUGGCAGACAAACUACUGCUCAGCAUGCAGUACUACACAAAACACACACACACACGCAGUGUGUUUACUCAUUUGGCGAUAGGAUGUCAGUGUUGCUCCUGAACAGUUGUUGGGUGUGGAUUUUCUUUUUUACAACACAAACCACAACGCUAUCGUGAUACCUCGACGAUGCAGAAGACCCGCCUUUGUCUCAUAACGACAAACCGGUUUAUGCCGCAAAAAGACAUGUUUUGUUUGUUUUUGCCAGCAGAUCACACACACACACACACACACACGUGCACACACACAGUUUUAAAGACAACAGAACUACUCAUUAAUCCUUCCUUUUAUAUGGUAUGCAUUGAAGUUAGAAAUAAUCCUGUUUACACAAAUGUCCCUUUACCUUUUUAAAAGCACGUUACUGUUCUUUUUCACAAUUUGUUAUAUAAACGUCUCCAUUCGACACAUGACUUUUAACGUUAAAAAAGGGGAUCCAACCUGCCGGCGUGGAGGCGAAAGGAUCCACAGCUCAGCGUUUGUACUAUUGUCACAUAAUCUAGCCACAACUUGCACACGGCCCACGCAGGAAGACCUCCCGUCUCCUCCGUGCACGCAGCGGCCGCACUGGUUACAGGCGUCUUCGGGGUGCAGAGACGCGACGUGCGUUUGGGGGCGAUGCACCUGAAAUGCCUUUCGGUGCAUCCGCGAAUACGACGCAGUCGGGUUACAACUCAAAGUUUAAAGGAACAAUCCACCCUGGGGUACUUUAACGCAUCACCAACCGUUAUUGCUCCAUCUCAUGCAGCACUGUCUGUGUGCUGGCGUGUCGUAAAUCAUCUCAAGGCUACUUCUGGUGAAAUGGGAUGCUGCCGCGUCCUCUCCCCUCCUCGUUGUGUAGAACUGUCCGAUAUCAAAGGAAUAUGGUUGUGCUUUUUGCCAACAACCAGACGCUUCUCCUGGAAAAUGUAUUUUCCACACAUCAAAAUUACACAGUGGGAAACGUGCUUUGGGUUUUUUUGAGUUUGGUUAUGUUUGGACACAUUUCCAAGCCUUUCAAAACAUUCACAGGAAUAAUACAAGUCUGUUGGGAGAGGGGUGAAGUUGUAUGGGAACGUCAUUUUCUAGGAGAACGUGUUGGGGCAUCAGAGCGAGCUGGCAACAAAACAUACGACUCGUUAUUGUUCAGACGUUCUGUCCCAUCGUUUCAUAGUCACUUUGACACGGAGAGAGACAGCGGCGAGAUGCCACAGGGUGGAUGUCCUUCUAAAAGUAGUCCCCUCCGAAGGACGCAACCGACCAGUAACACCUCUGCGCCCGCCAGCCGCGCUGCGCAGGGAAGCCGUAUGUCUGUAUUUUAUUUUCGAGCACAGGUCCCAGCUGGCGGGACGGGAGCGCGUUACGUCUGACUCAUCGGUUAGGCGACGGGUCGGAGGCGGUGGAAACCUGCGCCGCGAGAAGGUCAUAGGCUUCCCAGCAUGCAUUUCACCUCCGCCAGUGCACAAGCCGCGUGAGCCGGUCAGAGCGACGCAGCGACUGAUAAGUUUGACGUUUGACGACUGUCAUGUUUGAAUUUUGAAGUGCUUGGUUUUUUUUCUGUCAAUGAAGUUAUUUAUUCAUGUUGUCUUUUUCUUCUCUGUGUAAAUAUAUUUAUUUUUGAGGUGAAGUGAAAAUUUGUAUUGUAAAUGUGUGUACAGAAUGUAUCAGAUAGGAAUGUAUCUGGGAAUGGAAUUAUGGGUGGAAGCCAUUUUUAUAUAUAGAUAUACAUACAUACAUCUUUGUAUAUUUAAAUAUUGAUGUAUAGAUAUAUACCUAUAUAUGUAUACAUAUAGUUCUAUUAUCUUUUAAUGUUUGUUGCUUUGAUUUUUGUGGGGUGGCGCCCACGACUUUUUACACUUUUUUUGUACUUUUUCUUUUUUUUGUUCAGCGUUUUUUUUUUUUUUUUAAACCCCCACUUGUGAAGGCGAACAGUUCAUGC